AUGGCCGACGAAGACGUUGCUGCUUUGGUCGUAGACAAUGGCUCUGGUAUGUGCAAAGCUGGCUUUGCUGGAGAUGAUGCUCCAAGGGCUGUUUUUCCUUCGAUCGUCGGCCGUCCUCGCCACCAAGGAGUGAUGGUUGGUAUGGGCCAGAAGGACUCGUACGUCGGCGAUGAGGCGCAAAGCAAGAGAGGAAUUUUAACACUGAAAUAUCCCAUAGAACACGGAAUCGUCACCAACUGGGACGAUAUGGAAAAGGUAAACAACGAAAUGCGCUAACAAGGAAAUUAAUUUAAAAUCUUCUCCGCAAUCUCGAUCCUAAAAAUUACUUUGUAUUGUUUUGCAGAUCUGGCAUCACACGUUCUAUAACGAACUUCGAGUUGCUCCUGAAGAACACCCUGUUCUCCUGACAGAAGCUCCUCUGAACCCUAAAGCAAACAGAGAAAAGAUGACCCAGGUAUGUUACUAAAACUGUAAAGAAAAAUUGUAUCCCGCCCCCAAUUGGACUUAAGAAUGACACUCCACCCCCUUUUUUCGUUCAUGAUCCACGGGUGUAUAUUCUGUAAUGAAACGAGCGCGAUCGGACAAAUAGCAUAUGAAAAUAGUAUGAUCAAGUCGUCCUCGCCCUGACUUAUGAAUUUAUUUUCUAUUGUUUCGUAAGUUUGGGUGAACCGGUCAUCAGAGGAUUGUUUCCGUCAUCGCCUCAAUUGUUUCCGCAAUAUAUGUUUACUUGUUCAGAACGCUAGAUCAUUUGACCGUGUUUGAUUGUAAACUAAAUUGAUGUUGUCUUUUUUUACUUCAAAUACCAGCUACUCUUCCUUUUUCAUUUUGAGUUCGGUCAGUGAUCAACGAUGUAACUAAGGGGUGUGGGUCUACUUGGCAUCCUGCGAUCUUCUCUUUGUGGAGGGAAAUUACUUAUCAUCCAACCAACCCAAAUUCCAGUGAGAGGCUUCCGGACUCCCUAUAACAACCAUGCUAAAUCUGGGGAUGAAAUAGAUAUUUUCAUUCAACUUAUAUAAAGAUCCUCUUCAAAUUUUGGAUUUCGGUGACAAUUGAUGUCAAUCUUGAUUUGUUGUUUUGCAGAUCAUGUUUGAGACUUUCAACACACCAGCUAUGUAUGUAGCUAUCCAGGCUGUUUUGUCUUUGUAUGCCUCUGGUCGUACCACUGGUAUUGUUAUGGACAGUGGUGAUGGUGUGAGCCACACAGUACCAAUUUAUGAAGGAUAUGCACUUCCCCAUGCUAUCCUUCGUCUUGACUUAGCAGGCAGAGAUCUGACUGACUACCUCAUGAAGAUCCUUACAGAGAGAGGGUACUCUUUCACAACCACUGCUGAGCGUGAAAUUGUCCGUGACAUCAAAGAAAAGCUGUGCUAUGUUGCCUUGGACUUUGAACAGGAGAUGCAGACCGCUGCCUCAAGCUCCAGCCUUGAGAAAAGCUAUGAGCUCCCUGAUGGACAGGUGAUCACUAUUGGAAACGAGCGAUUCCGCUGCCCAGAAGCAUUUUUCCAGCCCUCUUUCCUUGGCAUGGAAAAUGCUGGUAUCCAUGAGACAACCUACAACUCAAUCAUGAAGUGUGACGUUGACAUCCGUAAAGAUCUCUAUGCCAACACUGUCCUCUCUGGUGGUUCAACUAUGUACCCUGGUAUUUCUGACCGAAUGCAGAAAGAAAUUGCUGCUCUUGCCCCACCAACCAUGAAGAUCAAGAUCAUUGCUCCUCCUGAGCGCAAGUACUCUGUUUGGAUUGGAGGCUCCAUCCUGGCUUCCUUAUCAACCUUCCAACAGAUGUGGAUCUCCAAACAGGAAUAUGACGAAUCUGGUCCAUCUAUUGUGCACCGGAAGUGCUUCUAA